AUGCGCUGGACUAAAGAAUUAAAUAUAAGUGUUAUGCGCGCGUACUAUAAGGCUACCAAAGGAGGAACCAAUCUUACAUCUUAUCGCCCUAAAAUGCUAUCUGAAUUCCAACAGCUACAGCCCAACCUAACAAACUUAACUGCCCAAAGACUUUCAGAUCAAGUACGUGUCAUUCUAAGUCGUAAGAUUUUGGAUGACAGAUUACUUGAACAACUUUGCAGUGAGUACUCAACAUCUUCUAUCAAUUCAAUUCCUGAUUCCCAACGAACACUUCCAGGUGAGUCUGAUGACUUAAAUGUUAAUAACAGUAAGCAUAAUAUAAAUAUUACUAACUUAAACAACGAAAAAGUAGAGCAAAAUUGUUUUGAUAUAGAUGUGAGUUCCCAGGACAGCGAAUAUAUAAGAAGGACUUUCGAAUGUUCUCUUUUGGAAUAUAAAAAUACACCUAUAGAAAAUAGACCGAAACUACCUAAACUGCCUAACAACAAAAAAACUAUAUUAACAGUAGCAUCAAUGAAUGUUUUAUGUAAAGAUUAUUUUGAAAAAAGUAAUUCUAUUUUGGAAACUAUGUCUCUUCUAUACUGUUGUGCCCAUGCUGUAUGUAUGAUAAUGAAAAUUCCUAUCAUUUCAGUACAAAAUUUUAAGAAAAAUAAUACAGAACCUAAAUGGAAACAAAGAAUUCAAAAACGAAUUGACAAUACUCGCAAAAUUAUAGGAAAAUUAAUAAGCUACCAAACAGGUAACAGGCGUAAAAAAAUAAUUACUUUAGUAAAUCAAAUCUCUAAUGAAAAUAAUAUUAGCCAUUUAGAUCCCCAUUUUCCGGAUAAAAUUACUGAGUACAUUGAUACGCAAAAACAAAAGUUAAAAGCAUGGGCCAACCGUAUUAGACGAUAUUCAGAAAGGUCUAAACGGUACUUCCAAAAUCGCACAUUCGAAAGUAAUCAAAAGUGGGUGUAUCGGUCUUGGGAGAGCACUACAACUAAUAGUUGUACUCAUGGUAGCCCAAGCUUAAUUGAAUGUCUAAAUUUUUGGAAAAAUAUGUGGUCUAAUGAAGUUUCUCAUAAUGAAGGCGAAUGGAUUCGUGCAACCGAACGUAAGUUUUCUAAUUUGGCUAACAUGGGUUCUAUCUCAAUUACUGCUGUAGAUGUAUACUCAAUUACUCGUAGAUUACACAAUUGGAAAUCACCUGGACCAGAUGGUAUACACAACUUUUGGCUGAAAUGGAUAACAAGUAGCCAUGUGCGUUUGGCUGCACAGAUUCAAGAAGCCAUUGAGUGCUGUGAGCUCCCGAGACUUCUUACAACUGGUAUUACCCACUUACUAUAUAAAAAUGGAAACACCACGGAACCUAAAAAUUAUCGACCUAUAACAUGCCUUUCAACUGUAUACAAAUUAAUAACUGCAAUUUUAAAUAACAAGAUCUAUAAACAUUUGGAAAAUAAUAACAUUCUGUCAACCGCACAGAACGGAUGUCGGAAAGGGUCACGUGGUUGUAAAGAACUUCUUCUCAUUGACACAGCUAUUUGCCGACAAGUUUUUCGUAAUCGCAAAAAUAUGUCCGCUGCUUGGGUGGAUUACAAAAAGGCAUAUGACUCUGUUCCACAUUCAUGGCUAAAGAGAGUUUUAGAAAUAUAUAAAAUAGAUGACAAAAUUUGUAAGUUUUUAAGUAAAUUAAUGGGUCAGUGGAACACUAUCCUAAAUCUACCAGGUAAGUGGCAAAGUAGUUCGAUAGACUCUAUAAAUAUUAAGCGGGGUAUAUUCCAGGGCGAUAGUUUGAGCCCAACUUGGUUUUGUUUAGCCCUGAAUCCUUUAAGCACUGUUAUUGAGGAAUCUGGAUUAGGAUUUCGGUUUCGAAAAGAAAACUCACCCAUCUCACAUCUACUUUACAUGGAUGAUCUCAAGCUAUUCACAUCAAAAGAGAGUGAUCUAUUAUUAUUGUUGAAAUUAACACAUAGUUUCAACAAUGAUAUUAGAAUGGAAUUUGGAAUAGAUAAAUGUGCUGUCAUUAACGUAAAUAGGGGCAAAAUUAAAGAUUGUAAUAAUUUUGCAAUUACAGAUGACUUACAUUUCAGUUCUCUUUCUGAGACAGAAACCUAUAAAUACUUGGGCAUGGCAGAAGCGCUAGGAAUUAAUGACAAAAACAUUAAAGAAAAUUCAAAAGUAAAAUUUAUGUCAAGAUUAAAAAAAGUUAUCAAAAGUCAUUUAUCUGGCGGAAACAAAAUUAGAGCAUAUAACUCCUGGGUAAUACCUAGCCUUCUAUAUACUUUUGGUAUUACAAGAUGGUCUCAAACGGAAUUGGAUGACUUAGAUAGACGAGUCCGCACAUUAAUGACUACGCACAGAAUGCACCACCCGCGAUCAUCUGUUAUGAGGUUGUAUCUUCCAAGAAAAGAUGGUGGACGGGGCUUAUUAAACAUUAAAAACCUACACAACCGUGAAGUAUACAACCUCAGAGACUAUUUUAUUAAAAAAAAAGACACAUCACGCAUUCAUAGUGACGUAGUGAUUAAUGACAAAUCAUUAACCCCGCUUAAUAUGUCGGCAAAGGACUGGCAGAGGCCUCAUACUAUGACUAUAGAUGAACGCAAAAAGGACGCUAUUUUACACAAAUUUUCCCCCAAUGAAAAAAUGCUCAAGAAGUGGCUUGAAUUGAUUCCUUGUGAUUUGUUACAGAAGAAAAGUGUUGGUGAUCUUGCCCACCUGUAA